CCACCGACCUCGUCUUCUAUCAAUCACCCUUCUCCCUCUUAUCAUCCUCCUCAGGAACGAGCUCCUUUGUCCUGUUAUUGUGACUCGGCGCUCUGAACUUUUAUGAUACUUGGGCGACACUGCUAUAAAACACUAGCAGCUACCACUCGGCCACUCUCCGUCCAACCAUUCCUCUCGACGAGGACAUUCAAUACCACACCUAUCAACUACAACUUGAUCAACUCGCACAACAUGCCUCGAAUCGAUCUCAGGACCCCCAACUUCCCUGACGAAAAGCCUCACGCCUGGCCGUCGCCAGAAUCAUGGCCCGCCGCCAAGGUCAGGGAGACCUUUGUCAAAUACUUUACCGAGGCCAAGCCGGGUCUCGAACACACCUUUUGGCCUAGCAGCAACGUCAUUCCCUUUGAGGACCCGACGCUCUUGUUUGCCAACGCUGGUAUGAACCAGUACAAACCCCUCUUCCUCGGUACCGCCGACCCCAACACCCGCAUGGGACAGCUCAAACGAGCCGUCAACUCCCAAAAGUGUAUCCGAGCCGGUGGAAAGCACAACGAUUUGGACGACGUCGGCAAGGACUCGUACCAUCACACCUUUUUCGAAAUGCUCGGCAACUGGUCGUUCGGUGACUAUUUCAAGAAGGAGGCUAUCAACUGCAGUUGGGACCUCUUGACUCGGGUGUAUGGUCUGCCUGCCGAUAGGUUGUACGUGACCUACUUUGAGGGAGAUGACAAGCUCGGAUUGAAGCCGGACCUGGAAGCCAAGCAGUUCUGGCUCGACGUCGGUGUCGAAGAGGACCACAUUCUUCCCGGAAACGUCAAGGACAACUUCUGGGAGAUGGGUGCUGUUGGUCCUUGUGGGCCCUGUAGCGAGAUCCAUUUCGACCGAAUCGGAGGUCGAAAUGCCGCUCACCUCGUCAACCAGGACGACCCGAACGUCCUCGAAGUCUGGAACAACGUCUUCAUGGCCUACAACCGAGAGAACGAUGGCAGCCUUCGAACGCUGCCUGCCCAGCAUAUCGACACUGGAAUGGGUUUCGAGCGACUCGUCUCGUGCUUGCAAAACGUAGAGUCCAACUACGACACCGACGUGUUCACCCCUUACUUUGACAAGAUUCAGGAGAUGACUGGCGCUCGACCGUAUUCGGGCAAGCUCGGCGAGGAUGACAAGGACGGUCUCGAUACCGCCUACCGAGUCUUGGCCGAUCACGUGAGGACGUUGACGAUUGCCAUUUGCGACGGAGGUGUGCCCAGCAAUAUCGGACGAGGUUACGUUCUCCGAAGAAUCUUGAGACGAGGUGCUCGAUAUGCCAGCAGCAAGUUUGGCGUCAAGAUCGGGACCUUUUUCUCUAGCCUCUCCCCGACCGUGGUCAAGGAGCUCGGACCCUUUUUCCCCGAACUCAACGGCAAGGAUGCCGACCUCAAGGAGAUCCUGGACGAGGAGGAAGAGUCGUUCGCCAGGACUCUCUACCGUGGAGAAGCUCUUUUCAACACGUACGCUACCAAGGCCGCCGAGGCUGGAUCCAAGACGUUGAACGGUCUCGACGUCUGGAGGCUGUACGAUACAUUUGGUUUCCCCGGCGAUCUGACCCGAAUCAUGGCCGAGGAGAGGGGUCUGACGGUCGACGAGGAGGCCUUUGAAAAGGCCAAGCUGGACAGUUGGGAGGCUAGUAAAGCCGGCGGCAAGUCCAAGGGCAAGGAGACGGUCAAGUUGGAUGUGCACGAUCUUGCCGUUUUGGAGAAGAACGACUCGAUCCCCAAGACGGAUGAUUCUGCCAAGUUCCUACUGGGCAACUCGAACGGAACCAUCAAGGGGAUCUACCAGGGUUCUAAGUUCGUCGACGCCACAUCGGAGCUCGAGAACGGGUCCAUGUUCGGGAUCCUCCUCGACAAAACCAACUUUUACGCCGAAUCCGGUGGACAGGAGAAUGAUACCGGUUCGCUGACCAUCGAUGGCAAGGCCGAUUUCGAGGUGACCGACGUUCAGGUCUUCAACGGAUACGUCUUGCAUGUUGGGUACAUGAAGGAGGGCGAGGUCAAGGUUGGCGACGAGGUCGUCUGUACCUACAGCGAGGAACGACGAUGGCCUUUGAGAAACAACCACACCGCCACGCACAUUCUCAACUUCUGUCUGCGAGAAGUCUUGGGCGAUCACAUUGACCAGAAGGGAUCGCUCGUCGCUCCUACCAAGCUUCGGUUCGACUUCAGCCACAAGGCCGCCAUCUCCCCCGCCGAUCUCGAAAAGAUCGAGACCAUGUCCAACGAAUGGGUGAAAAAGGCCGUCAAGGUCUACUCUGCCGAGCUUCCCCUCAAGGUCGCUCAGAAUAUUCCCGGUCUGAGAGCCGUCUUCGGAGAGGCUUACCCGGAUCCUGUCAGGGUCGUCACCCUCGAAUUCUCUUUGGAUGAGAUCACUUCGGACAUUGAGAACCCCAAGUGGAAGCAGACCAGUGUCGAAUUCUGUGGAGGAACUCACGUCGGCAAGACUGAUGAGAUCAAAGACUUUGUCAUCACCGAGGAAUCGUCGAUCGCCAAGGGGAUCAGGCGUAUCGUGGCCGUCACCGGUCAAGAGGCUCACGAGGCUUCGCGAGGCGCUUCCGAGUUCUCGAAACGACUCGACUGGAUCGACAGCCUGAACGGAAAGGAGAAGGACGCUGCCAUGAAGCCGUUCCUCGUCGAACUCGGUCAACGAGACAUGUCGGUCGUCAAGAAGAACCAGCUGCGUGAAAGGUUCACCAAGAUGCAAAACGCUUUCGCCGCCGAAGCCAAGGCUCAAACGGCCGCCAAGGCCAAGCAGGUUACUGCCGAUAUUUCAAAGUACUUUGAGGAGAACCCGAACGAGAACGUCUACGCUGGUGAAAUCGAUGUCGAGGGCGACCGAAACAUCAUGAAGGUCUGCGCCGAAUACGGCAAGGCCAACAACAAGUCGAUCUACGUCUUCAGCGUAGACCGAACCGCCGGCAAGGUCGCUCACGUCAACUUUGUCCCGCAAGAGCUCGUCAAGAGCAAGAAGCUGGACGCCAAGAUCUGGUUAGAGGAAGCCAACAAGGUCCUGGGAGGCAAGGGUGGAGGCAAGCCCGACUCUGCCAUGGGAUCCGGCAACAAUGUCGAUCAGGUGCAGGAAGCCAUCAAGCAGGUCUUGGCUUUCUACAAAUCCAAGGUCGAGGGUGCUUAGAUCGCUUUGACGGUUCCAUUAUGGGUGUAACAGUACUAUUUGCCUCUUGCAUUAUUCA